AUGCGCAUAUAUAUUCGGAAAUUGGCAGUCAUUGUUUGCGUCACACUCUUUACCACAAUCAUUUUGCUGUCAGUGAUGAGGAGAGACGAAAGUUCCGAAUGGUUGAAAAGAUGUCAAAAACUAAAUUUCCCACGACCAAUUCCUCAUGCCGCUUAUGUGCAAGAACAAAAUAUUUAUAAGUUUAUAACUGAAGACAGCGAUAUUUCUCGUUUUUUUGUACCACAUAUCAACUGGACAUUGGCGAAACAGCUGGAUCAAUAUUUAUUUGAUUUAAACAUUUCGGAAAUGAUUCCAAAUGAAUGUCCAAACAACGAAACUUUGCGACAGUUUUGGAAGGACAAAAUUGGAAAAGUUGUACCGGAAAGAGAUUCAUGGGAGAAAUUUUAUGCAGAUAUUGGCAGCUGUGAUGUAUACAGAGAUGAAGAAGUUGUAGAAAAUUUGUUAAACGACCUCACCACAUUGCCGUUGAAAUCUGUGUCCAUUAUGGAUGGUGGCACGCAAGUUAAACUUAUCUUCACAUUUGAAAAUGACCAACAAGCGGUUUUCAAACCUAUGCGAUUCGGUCGUGAUUAUGAAUCCGACCCGAACCAUUUUUACUUCAGCGAUUUUGAACGUCAUAACGCUGAAAUUGCAACAUUUCAUAUGGACAGGAUACUUGGCUUUCGGCGUGCUGUACCAACCGUUGGUCGUGUUGUCAAUUUAACGUCCGAUUUACGUGACAAGGCAGAAAAACGUUUAGCUAAAACAUUUUUCAUCUCGCCAGCCAAAAAUUUGUGCUUUGUAAGCAAGUGCGAUUAUUAUUGUGACACAUCACAUGCUAUUUGUGGUACUCCUGAUACUAGAGAAGGAUCAGUGCAAGUAUUUCUUCCAGAUGAAAAUAGUGUUCCAAGGAAGCAUAACAGAUCACCUUACAGAAGAACAUAUUCGAAAAAGAACCAAAUAGCUAAAUGGCAACGAAAUAUGAACUAUUGCCAAGAAAGCGUAAAAACAACAAGACGUUAUGCUCAUGGGCGCACGUUGCUUGAUCUUGUUGAUUUUCACGUGAUGGAUUAUCUGAUUGGGAAUCAAGAUCGACAUCAUUAUGAAGCAUUUUCCAUUUUCCCCGAUGCUCCAUCGUAUGCAAUUCAUUUAGAUAACGGAAGGGCCUUUGGUAGAACGGAUUUUGAUGACGAUGAUAUAUUGCUACCUUUAAGACAAUGUUGUGUCUUGAGAUCUUCAACUUUCUUUACAUUACUGAAAUACUAUCGUGAGCCUAUCUCGCUAACAAAGGCGCUUCAUCAGUCGAUGUCGAAAGAUCCUUUGGCGCCGAUAUUGGCAUAUAAGCAUUAUCCCGCAGUGGAGAGGAGAUUGCACAACGUAAUGGUCUACAUCGACAAGUGCAUCCGUGAAAAUCCUGAAGGUCCUGAAGGCGUCAUAAUGGCCGAAUAUCACAAUAAUGUUUGCUUUACUUCAUGGUUUCAUAUAUGA